AUGUUCUUCCAGGCCGACCUCCUCAUCACUCGCUACUUUCCUUGUACCCGCUCCAGGACUUCGAAGCGGUCAGCCACCCCGAAGAUUAUGGCCGGAGGGACAAUCUUUGAGGAGCGUAUAUCUUUGCCCCGAUCAGAGCAUUUGGACUGGGUACCGCAGGAUAAGGAUCUACUCCAAGGACCUAUGCCUUCCCCUACCAACUCGCACUCCACCGACUCGGCCGCAUCCCCGUAUAAUAUGCCACAGACGGCCAGCACGUCGUACCAUCCGUACCCGCCCGCUGGACCUGCCAGCCAACCUCGCUAUACCCAUCAGCCCCAGUACAACUCGUCUGGCGAAUACGACGUUUUUCAGACCCCCACCCAGCCCCACCGGGCGGGACUCCCAUACCCUCAGCCCAUCAUUUACGAGCAAGAUCAACUCCCGCACCUUACAGCUACCUCCGGGCCCCGGUCUUACGAUACCACCAUCCCGCAGUACUAUCCCAUCAUGGCGGAGCGGUCAUGGUCACAGACCCCAGACAAGGCGGGGAAGCGGAAGCGGGCGGAGAAGAGCAAGGAGGCAGCCACGCCUGCUCCAGUACAGGCUGUCAAGACGCCUAAGCGGUCGAAAGGCGGGUCAGAAGAGAGGGCGGCUAAGCGGAGUAGGACGGCGAGUCAAGCCGAAUCGCAAUCUCAACUGCCUACACCGCCUUCGACCGGUCGGGACCUGCCCAGCGUAGGCCUGCCAUCGCAUCUUCAGCCGGCCAAGCCGGUCGAAGAAUCCCUGCCGCCCGUUGAGGAGACGCUGGAGCCGGAGCCGAGGAGGGGGUUGAAGGUGCUUCAGUCAGAGGAGGAGGGAAGGAAGCUGGCGGUAGGGCAGGUUCUGGAAGAGGAGGAAGCGGGACAGGCCGAGUCAAAAUCGCUCCGUCUCGCUCCAGCGCCUACCAUCAUCACGGCGAAGAACGGCUCUGCCACUCUUGAAACGCUUCCCAUCCUCGAAUCGGAGCUAUCCUGGCUGGAGAAUGCCGGUCGACCCCUCACCCCAACUCCCCCUCCUCUCGCCCUACCUACACUCCUCGACCCACCCAUCUACCCCGACGAAGAAGCAGAUGCCCCUGACGUCAAGGCCGAAAAGGUCAGCAAACGGCUUCGGGCGUUCUCUAUCACUGCUCGUUCGGAGCCAAUGACGUGCACCAAGAUCGACGCAUUCGGCCGGGUCGCCGUGCGCAAAGAUGCGGCGCUAAAAUUUCUCGGUCUCGAGGCGGCGGACUCGCUGAUCGAGGAGAGGAAGGAGGAGGAUGAGUGGGUAGAGUCGUCGGUAGCGAGCAGCUCGAGGGCACGAGUCAAGCCAAGCUGGCCGGAUGAGCUGGCGCCGUGGUCAAUCGGAGGCGGAAGGGUGAAGCGGAUGAGGGAAGAGAAGGAGCGGGAUGUACUGCUCAAGCGGUACAUGGAGCACAGUGGGGAUGAGGCAUCGGACGAGGAGAUCAUCUACCCCUCUGUACACGGAAAGGGCAAGGGGAAGAGCAUCACUCAACUCGUGCGUGUACCGGACGGAGCGGAUCCGCGGCGAAGGAUACGACCGGAUCUCAACGUCGAUACCGACGCCAGAUCGGCCCUCCUCACUGCCCUACGCUAUCGAUCACUCCCUCCCCUCCCGGUCGGUAUCGUCGCCUGCGCAUGCGGAGCACGCUCGUCAAACGGCGUUAGCGCAAUGGUGGUCUGCACCAAUUGCCAGACUUGGCACCAUACCAUCUGCAACGGCGUCGACGAGCACAUGAUGCCCGCUCGGUGGUGGUGCCCAAACUGCGAGAACCAGGUUCUACGCUUGGCGACUCCCGCGCAAACGCCUCGUCGAGCGUAUCGUCAAUCGGAGGAACGGUCAUCAGCUUUCAAGGGACAAGCGGACAACAUCGCCCUUGCACCAUCCCCAAUCUUCGCAUCGUCCUCACAAUUCAGCCAAGCGGGACCGUCGGUGUCAACACCGGCCAAUCGGGGCGGCAUCGCAUCACCGACAAGCCGGAACCAUCGGUCUCGUAUACUCAGCUACGGUUCCGACAUGUGGGCACCGUUCGGGGAAGAGCCGGGAGCAGUCCAAGCCCCCACUACCCCUGUCCCCUCCGAUACCCGCUUCACCACCCCUCGAAUAGACGAUGCCCCCUUUGACGUCACCUCUACUCCCUCGCGUCAUCUCGACUUCAACUUUGGCGCUCCCUCCUCCCUCUUUGCUCUCACUCCCCUCGGCGGCCGGUCUCGCGUGACGAGCAAUAUGAUGUCGGAUACACCCCUCACGUACCGGCAUCGGCUGGCGAGUCACUCGGAGAAUCAGGCUAUGAGCGGGCGGCAUGACUUCCUACGCGAUCUCGCGGGACCCAGUGCGGUCGGGCCGCCUAGUCCGUCAUCUGCUGGUAGGAGAGGGCCGUCCUUAUUGGGCGCCGGGUCCAUCGGCUCUGCCUCCAUGGGCCAUAGGCGGACUUUAUCGGGGAACAAGAUGAGCUCGAUGAGGAAUAGCUCGAGAAGUGGAUUAGGGCUGGGGAUGCCAAUAGGAGUGUCGCAUGAUGAUGAGGAUGCGGAAAGAGGUGAAGAAGCAGAAGACGACCCGACCAUUGACGAAGAAAUAUGA